AGUUACUCUGAUGAAAGUUACUUCUCAGGAACUUCCCAGCUAAGCAUUCUUAUUUAGCUGAAAUUUGGUGAUUUACAUGAGUAGUCAUUGCGAUGCUUAAAAUGUUGAGCUAAUUAUAGUUCACACUAUUUGCAAAGUUUUUCAAAAGAACGUGGAGAUUUGUCGUAAGCCGUUUAAAGGCGUGAAGUGAAGAUUGAACAUGGCGGAUCCUGUGAGCAGUUACGAUGCCAAACUGCUGAAAAACCUUGGUGGUGUUGGGCUUGUGAUGACUAUUAUUUUCACCUUAUCGGUAUGUUGGUUAAAAUGGUAUCAUAUGGUAUCCCCUCGACCUUCAAUAAAAUCAGAUUUUCAUUUUUUACUCUUUUUUAAAUGUACAAAGGUUGUACUGCUCAUUGCGAUAAUUGUGAAGCGGCAAAUGCUGAGGAUGUUGCUACUUUCAAAAAGAGGACCACACUCCCCUGUUGGUAGUGAUGCACCCAGGGUAAGCUACAGUACAGUGAUCUUUGGUGAUGUUGGACAAUAAGUCUUUGAAAUGGGUCAAUUACAGUUGUUUAAAACCAACCAAACACAGAGAAGAACAAUGCUUCAUAAACUGACACAUUAUCAGACCACCUCACCACCUAAAGGAGACUGGACUGGCAGUCUGCCAUUGAAAUGGUGGAAUCUACUUUGGAUUUGAGACCCUUCUGAGAUAAAUGAUAAUACAUAUACGUCAUUAUUAGCAACAUUAACAGGCUAAUAUUUACUAAUGAACUGGAUUGCAAGCUCAGCUUUGCUAUUUGGUUCUUUAACCCUUUACACCCUAACAUCGGUAUGCACAGUUUCCAUACUAUUAUCUACAGAUUUCCUAAGGUGCUGACAAGGAUAAUUUGUUUAACAAUCAAGGGCUUUGUCGGUUGAUAAUCAUUUCCUUUAUUCUCAUUAUCUAAAAUGAAUGAUUCAGCAGUUUAAUUGUCUGGAGAAACUAGAUGCUGGUCACUCUUAGGGUUUUUAAAAAGGGUUAACCAAAUAAAAUUGAAUUUUUCUCCUCAGAAUUUGGGAAGAGAGAUUACUGCUCAUUUGCAAAGAAUUUCCCAGUUAAGAAUGGAACCUAGGAUGUUAUCGGAACAAUUCAACAAACCCGCAGAUGGUACAUCUAACUUUGAUUCUCCUUCAGGUUAGUGCCGUAAAUAUUGUGUAGAUAUUUUUUUUUUACAGGCUGUAAGUGCUAUUUUUUGUUUCAAGAAAAUUCUGCCACCAACAAUCAUCAAUCUGCAUGGGGUUGGUGGACUAUAACCCCAAUUUCAGGCCUUCACAUAUGUACUGUGCCUGUCAGACAUGUUCUCACUCAGAUGGCAUAAACACAAAUCAUAGGUUCAUAAAAUUAUAGGCCUAAACUUACUCAAACUCUCUUGCAAGAGUAGAAACAGGAGAUAUUGUAGCAGAAACCUCACUGCUACUGUUAGCCUUGGAUGUAUUGCCAUCUCAUGAUUUCAUUUCUGGAUAAGGUCAAUUGGAAAGCCUUGCAUUGCAAAGCAUCAACACCCUUUGGUGAUUCCUCUCAUCCAUUUUGAAUGAGGUUUCUCUAGGGACUGUUAAGCUUUAUACUAAGGGUGAUGUGUGUAAAGGAGAUUCACAAAUGCUUCAUUAUGCAUGCAUCUUCCUGAUCAGCCAUUUUAUUCUUAACAGAUCAAUACACCAGAAGCUAUAAAUACAGAAUGAAAGCCAUGGAUAAGAUGACAGAACUAGGUCUGCAAAAUGUACCAGUUUUCUUGUUUUAUUUCUUAUUAAUACCUUGUCACUUCUAGCUUUAAGAUAUACAAGCAGCUUUGACUUUCAAAAGCAGUGUAAUUUCUCAAUAUCUUUCUCUACCACAGAUGAUCUUUUAUGCACUAUUGACUUCAAGUACAGCCGCAAAAAGAAACAGCCAGUCAGAGAACACCUCAAGUCUUUACAGGGGCCGCCGAACAAUAUAAUACGUGGUGGAGAUGACACAAUCAGAGAAGUUGCAGAUAUGUAUGAACAUGCAAGAUUUGAAACCAAGGUACUAAACAAUAUAAUUAAUUUCCAUUUGGUAGCAAAAUAUAUCCUUAAAUCCAUUGGCACCAAAGCGAAAAAAAAAAAAAAAAAAAAGGGGGGGGGGAGGGAGAAUGAAAACAAUCCACUCCCCCCCCCAUUCCCACAUGAGAAAUCAUGGGAGGAGAGAGCUCAAAGAAAUAUUUGUAUCAUAAUUUGGAUUGCUGGAGAAAAAAAGUAACACAAGUCAGCAUAUGGUAAUUUAAAAUUGUUUUUAAAGCUUGAUGACUAGUGGAAUUACCAUCACAUGGAUUAAACUAGAUCUACUUAAGUAGCGUAGUGUUGAGUAAAAUGUUAAUUUGUCUUAUCUUUAAGGAAUUUGGUGCAUUGCAGUACAGAAAGUUUGCAUAUCUUGUUGAAGAGCUGAAAGACAGGUGUGGUAUCUUAGGUGUAUUGAAAAUUACAAAUCACAAUGAUGUGCAAGUGUAUAACAGUGACUAAUACUGCCUGUCUCAUUUAAAUGCAAGCCUUAGACCAUAUGAUGUCCCCUCUUUAGAAGGGUUGUCUCUCUUCUGUUGAUAUUCUCUAGUCAUCUUUUUCAGUCAAAAAACUUUUUGAAGUAAUUUUAUGUGGAAUUUUCUUCUUGAGUGUUGGUUAAUUAUGAAUAAAAAUCUAUUACAUGCAAAUAAAAGUUAAUUUGAAAGAAAUUCAAUAGAAUUUUAAUACUAAACUGUAUGAUUUAUGCAAAUCUAAUCCUGUUCUAUAUUGGUCCUAACUAAAAUUGAUCUAAAUCAAAAUAAUUUUUCUUUAAACACAGAUAAAAAAAUGAACUUAAAAAAAAUGAUUAAACCUCUUCGAUUUUUCUUCAUUUUUUGUGCCUAGGGUGAAAGAUGAGUACCAGUGUCCCAAUGUAGACACACUUGUGUCUCCUUCUGUUUCUCAAUUUAACAAGAAAGGAAAACCUGCACUUGUCUGAUCUCGCAAUCAACCUCUUUGUUAGUAUAUGGUCUUAUUAAUUCCCAUGAACACUCGACUUAUGACUACCCUUUACUACCUAGGAGAGCCAUCUUACAGCUUCUUCUUCUUCUUGCAUGCAGUUAAAGUAAUUUUUAUCAAUAUUUUAAUAUUGUUUUGUAAUCAUAAUUAAUUGCUCUCUUGUUACUCAUCAUGAAUUUGCUUGCUAAUUUUAAAGUAAUUUUUAACCUGCAUUAUGCCAAAAUUUCAUUAAAUUGCAAUCCUCAUUUCCUAAUUUUUCUUUUGCAUAACAUAUAAAAUAUCUGCCUCAUUUGAGAGUAUUUUAUUUUUCAAGUAAAGUUCAUGAGAUGAACACAAAGCAGGUAAUCAAACAAAGUAUAUUUACAAGUUCACUAAUACCACAAACUAAGGUAGUAGUUUUUUAAAUUAAAAUUUAAUGAAAUUAUAAAUACGUAAACAUUACUUCUAAUAAAUAUCACUGUGAUGCUAAACCUUUUAUGAUAUUUUUUGUAUGUUUCCUACAGCUCUCAGGUAACAAAAAAAAACAUUGCUGUUAACAUAAGCUAAUAAACUCAAUUAUUGAUAACAGAACUUAAUAAGUGCCAUUAUUUCAAAGAGAGUUAUUUAACCCUUUAACUCCCAAAAGUGAUUAACAUGUAACUUUUCCCUUAGUAUGAAGUCCAUACAUUAUCUAGUAAACAAGUAAUGAGAACACUUUUAUCAAGUAAAAGUUGUUAUCUUGAUCUAACACCAAACUCUUGUAACUAAUUUACAAGGAAAUGUCGAGCAGCUUUAGGGGAGAAUUAACAAUCAGAUGUUGGGAGUUAAGGGUUCACAUGUCAUUUAGUUAAAUGUUUCAUGUUUUUUGUUUAAUUCUCUUUUUAUGUGGUUACUCUAUCUGCGACAGUUGUUCCAUUCACUGCAUCCAUGAUGUAAGUUUGUUUUUCAUAAAUUUGUUCAGGGUACGUCUUUAUGUAAAUGUUCCUGGAAGUCUAAUAAUUGCUGGAAACAGUAAAAAGCCAAUCAGAAAGCCGCCAUCAAGCACAAAGAUAGAGGAACCAAGUAUGGAAGUAAAAGCAAUACCAGAAACAGAAGCUGAUUCUGGGAACAUGACAAGAAGUGGUGCCAUGAGCAUGUGAACUUUAACAAACUUGGAGACCAUUUGACUUUUCAGGAAUUCUCUUCAAAGACCUAAAAAUUUCUUAUGCCUGUUUACAGGAAAGAAAAUUUUUGCUCUUUAGUAAGAGGAAGUAGUUAAGUUUAAUUUUCUGAAAAAAUGUGACAUCUUAAAAAUAAUGCAAUAUAUGACUGGAAGAAUGUUCUAGGGGAACCUGUUCAAAGAGCAAAAGGUGUCAGUAUUGGAAAGGCCUCCAGCAGAGUGUUGAUUUUAGCUGUGGGCUUUCAUCUGGGAUCUUGAUUUGCAUAUUUUGCUUUAGGUAGAUUUUCUCAGGAACCAAUACUAAUAUUGAAUAAAGCUUUGUUAGCUUAUUGUCUACUGAGUGAUGCUGUACAGUUUGUUUUGCUGGUAAUUCAGCAAAGCAAAUAACUACCAAAACAAAAUCUGUAAAAAAAAAAUUAUUAUUUACAUAAUAUAUACUUUAUAAGCUUACAGUGAUACAUAGUUUUCUGUGGUUUCUUUAGUCACCAUCAUCCUCACUGUCCAUUUUAAAGGGCCUUGCAUUAUAUUCUUCAGGGUCACUGUCAUCACUUGAGUGAUUCUCCAGAACUGUUUCUUGAUACCUUGUACAUAUAGUUAAGUUUUUGAAAGAUAUUUAACAUGUACAAAUCAUGUCUAUCCUGUAUUUAAAUGAAACGAUCCAAGUUGAGCAAUUCAAGCUCAGCAGUGUUCUGUCUGUGCAAGCAAGAUUAAUGCCUUCAAGACCUAUUUUAAAAGUAGGAAAACAGGAAGCAUGUCUGAAAGUACUUGGGCCCUCCAAAUGGUAGAGUCUAGGCACAGUCCUCAAACAGUUUCUGCAAUUAUUUUACAUGUCAUAAUGAUGCAUAUGAAAAGCAUUUGAAGAGCAUGUAAUAAAUGAGAUCCCUUUCAAAUAGUGUUUCACAUGCUUUUCAACAAUGUGUAAUUUUUUAAAUUAAAUUGUGAAAACUUAUAUUCACAAGGGCUUCAAGAGUCAAGAUUGACUGUGAUUUGUAAAGGAACACAAACAAUCUGUUACUCAGUUUUUCCUGAGGAGCUUCUGAGUAACAAGAAUCUGCUUCUUGUACAUAUCCCCUGG